CCCGCCGGACGGGCCCCGCGCCGCUGCCGGCCCCCCCAUGCUGCGCUCGCUGCUCUCCGGCUGCCUCUGUCCCCUCGCAGCAGGUAAGAGGAGCCCACCUGCUGAGGACAAAGUCGUGUUAACACACAUGAAGAUACUGAGCAAUGAAGGAAUUCAAAACCCAGGGUUAAUCCCAGAGGCUCCAGCUGACACAGCCUGCACAGAGGAGUCCCAUCUUCCCGAUGCCAGUGUCCCACCAGCCUGCUUGGGAAGCCCAGAUGCAGCAGCCAGGGCAGCAGAUGCAGACUGUGUGGAUGGCCCCGCAAGCAGUGACUGUGUAGCCACCCUGCCUGACCUCAGCGCCUUCGAGUCCAAGUGCCGGCUCCACAGAUUCUCCAAAUUCGAAUCUGAGGACUCGGGGGUUGAGCUGCCAAGCGGUGCUAAUUCUCCAUCAACACCCACGGGCUCAGAAAAGAGCUUUGUGCUUCACAACAGAGACUCAUUUUGUGAUUCAGGUGUGCUUAGCACCUCUUCUUCCCCAGAAAUUGACCAUCAGUUAAUGAGAACAUGUAAAGAACAUGCCAGAAAAGUUAGUCUACAAGAUCCAGAGAGCAAAAAGCAAGAUGAUUACUAUAGUCAGGAGGCAGAUGCUGUGCAGGAUCCUACAGCUUCCCUUGAAGACUUCAAUGACCCUCAGGAAGAAAGUCCUGAUGAACAUUUUCACCAGGAUGACAGGCAGUCUCCAGAAAAGGAACCUACUGCAGAGAUGGACCUUUCCAGGGAAAGCACUCUUUCCACUCCAGGUCCCAUAGAAGAGCCAAAGACAAUUGCUGACAAUUUUCCAGAGAAUUUUGGCAGCAUGCAAGAUCUUCAGAUCCAUGAACAUCAGCUGAAGAAGUGCCCCACAAGCGACAGCCUGGAUGAAUACAUGGAUGAAUGCUGUAGACUGAGUGAGGUGAACCAAAGUAACAGCAAAGCCCUGGGAUCUGGUCUGGGAUACCUAGAACACAUCUGCCAACUGAUUGAGAAGAUUGGGCAGCUUCAGGAGCACAACCUGCGUCUCCAAAAACAAGUGUGCAGGUUGCAGAAAGAGCAGAAGAUGAGUCAGAUAAAAGAGGAAUACAUUCUGCAGCACUGCUCCUGUGGAGCUGCCAGUAUCUUCCUUAAGUCAUAUCAAGACAUGAAAACAAAUUUUGCUGGGAGGAGCAGACCUCACAGCCUUUUGGUUCAGACUGGAAACCCUUCUGAUCUUUCCAUCAUCCCAGAAAUAGGAGCGAACACCGAGAAGCUGAGCAGCUGCAAUGGAAGUGAGAGAUAUCUGGAAUCAGGAAAGAGCCAGCUGAUGAUGGGGCUCAGAAAGUCAGCAAACAAUAAGAACAACAAGGAGAAUGAGUUCAGAGAAGUUGGGAGUAUGGCAGAGGGACAGGCUUUUCUGUCAAAGGACCCUGCAGUAAGAAAGGCUCUGGACGUCAGCAAGAACAUCUCGGGUGAGAGCCAUGCUUGGAGGAGAAUGAGAGAUCUUAUGAGGAAGACAAGGUUGACAAACCAGAACAAGCUGGGGUUGUCUUCUGCUGCUCUGAAGAGAUCCUGCCCACAGUUGUAUAGGCCAGAUAUUAUGUCUUCAGACUUGAGGAAAACUGAGAGGAACUCCAUGAUUGUUCUGGGACAAAAUACAAAGAAUGAAAACUUAUGGCCUUUCUGAUGACCUGAGUCAAAUGGAGCAAGGUGAAAAAGUCAAGGCAAGAACACCAAAGGACACGAAAUCAAGAAUCCCGGGGUUACUCUGUGCAAUGUAUAUCCUACAAUUGUCAACAGAGCAACUCUGAAUUGAGUGUUGGAAGGGAAAGAGGGAAGGGGGAUGUUGAGAAGGGUCUGUGGGCAGAUACAUGCUCAACUACAUAUGGCUUCGCUCCCAAAUCUGAAGUGUACUUUAAAAAGUCAAGCCACAGAUGAAAAUUGCUGUUAGCAUCUUGGCAACACAAGCAACAGGGACUUUUAAGAUUUGGAAAGUCUUCUCUGGGUUGGGAACAGAAUUACCUGAAACACCAAAGUUUUAAAACUAUCAUUACUUUCUGGGGACUUCUCCAGCUGAAAUAAACAUUAGCUUUAUGGGACUUAGCAUCAUCUGGAGGAGUGCCAGAGACUCAUUGCCCAGAGCAGAGGUGACUAUUGAAAGGACAGCCUCCUCCCUCUGGGAACUUGAGUUGCAGUCUCUGUCCCCAGCACAGUUCCUCCCUUCAGAGCAGCCUAUAGAUAGCUGUGCCAUUUCACUGGAAUCCAACAGAAAAACUAAGUAUGUAAAGCUGAGGUCAUUCCUGAAUCUACUACUAGCUUCCUGUCCUGUGGGCCUGCUCCUUCUGCAGGGGUCCCUGGACUCUGGUGCUACCCUGCACAGUAGUUGGCAUUGUACACACUCAUUGUAAAGACCAGAAUAAGCAGCACUGCAGGAAUUAGCCUUUCAAGAGACUGGAGGGGCAUCCAGGGCAGCCUCUGCCCCAGCCAUUGUGUAAUCAAUCUUUUUCUCUUUUUUUGAUGGGGGGCAAGACACUAGGCUUGAAUUCCUACUUUUAAGUCCCAUUGAGGUGCUCUGUUUGUGCAGGUGCGGGCCUGAGGCUGUAGGUGGAGCAGUCAUGCUGCUGUAUGGCUCUGCCUGCUCUCUCUCUCUCUCUCUACUGGGAAAAGUUGAGGAGAGCAAGGCUACAAGGGAAAGAAAUUAAAAUAGAUUCUUUAUAAACUGGUGCUCUUUUGGGAUACACUAACAACUGUGAAACACCAUGACUGUGUAUGGUAGCUGCCUACAUGUCCACUGCUUCCUGAGUCAAGGAACAGGCAGUGCACGCUUCUGAAUGUCCCAUGGUUGCAGAGGUCUCUGCACACUUAGCUCUUAUUAGUGCUGGCAAAGUAAUUAAUACACAUGGGGUAAAGAUUUAAGUAAACUAACAUUGCCUCUUGAUAAAGGAUUGUUCUACCCCAUAAAUUAUAAUAUAAUUACAAGUCAAGCAAUUGCAGAUUAAAAAUCCCUCCCCAACCCCAACUUGCCUGAGAACCAAGAUUUGACAAGCUGGCAGGAAUGAUCAGCUUCAGCAGGCUUAGUCUUUCCAUAACAGAUGCUUCUCC